AGAAAAAUCCAAAAAUUGUCGUAUGUAGUUUCUAUGUGUGAACGCAAGAGAAGUCGCACCGUAAAAAUCCAGUCUAUAUAUGUAAUCAUCGAUUGGAUAACGGUUGCAAAGCGUUGGCGAAAUGGCUGCGGAAAUAAAGCCAGCUCAACGUAGUGAUGAUGAUCGUUUUAGUUCCGGAAGAAAAUUGGAAUUGCUAAGUAAAUUAGAGGGAAGUGGCGAUGAUAUAAAUGCCGCAAUAUUUAUUCCUGGUGAAAAUGGCGUGAUAAGUGUUUCCGAUGACAAAACAAUCCGAGUAUGGUUGAAGCGAGACUCAGGUCAAUAUUGGCCAAGUAUAUGUGAAAAUAUGCCAUCGGGAUGUACUUCAGUAUUUUAUAAUGCUACUCAAAGACAACUAUUUAUUGGACAAGACAAUGGAACCGUAACUCAAUUUACAUUUUCGGAUGAUUGUAAUCGAAUUUCAUUUGUCCGAGACUAUUUGGCACAUCAAGGCCGGGUAAUGGAAGUUGUGGUUGAUAACAAUAUGAAAUGGGUCCUUUCAUGUGGAAGGGACAAAUUGUUCGUCUUUUAUUCAACCGACACUUUGCAACGAUUGGGUAGUUACACUUUCGAGACAUCUUGCACAUCGCUACAAUUUGAUACCAUGGCGAAAUAUGCAUUCGUUGGUGACUCUGUUGGUUCGAUAACCAUGCUAAGGUGUGAUACGCAAGGCGUUCAGUUCAUAAAUAUAUUCAAGAAACAUACAACAAGCAUACGAUGCCUUAAAUGGGUUGAAGAACAUCAAUUACUUUUCAGUGGUUCCUGUGACCAAACGGUUUUAGUAUGGGAUAUUGGAGGCAAACGUGGUACCAUCUAUGAGCUUCAAGGGCAUAAUAACAAGGUUUCAUCGCUGGCAUAUGCCAAUCAUACUCAACAGCUUAUUAGCGGUGCAGAAGACUCGGUUAUUGUGUUGUGGGAAAUGAAUGCAAUGCGAAAGGAAGUACCAGCAUGGGUGGAAAAUAAUAGUUGUCAACUUUGUCAAAGACCAUUUUUCUGGAAUUUCCGUGCUAUGAUGGACCAGAGACAAAUAGGUAUCCGACAACAUCAUUGUCGACAUUGUGGAAAAGCAGUGUGCGAUACCUGCUCUGCUAACCGUAUUAAUAUACCAAUAAUGGGAUUUGAGUUCGAUGUACGUUGUUGUGAUCCAUGCUAUAAGCAAUUGCAGAAUGUUGAACGGCCUUCAUUAGCUACUUUCCAUGAUGCAAAACACUCAAUUGUCAAUAUGGAUAUGGAUGAAAAUCGAAAAUUGCUAUUGACCGUUGGGCAAGACCGCAUUAUAAAAAUUUGGGAUCUAUCUGCAAUUUGGGCAUAAUAAUUAAAUGUUUACUUCCUCAGGAUUUUAUUUAAAAUAAAC